AUGAAUCUACCAAGCAGUGAGAAUAACGAUAAAAAUAAUAACAGACAAGCUUCAACUAUACAACAACUGGCAAGUCAGAAUCAGGAGUUAGGACAACAAACAAGACAACAGGCAGUAAGCACAGAAGUAACCCCGAAGUGCAAAGUAUGGAGAGGUGGUAUGAAAAAGA